GGGGCUCCAGCGGCAGCGGCGCAAGAUGGCGGCCACCACGGGUGCGGGAGUAAAAGUUCCUCGUAAUUUUCGUCUGUUGGAAGAACUUGAAGAGGGUCAGAAAGGAGUAGGUGAUGGAACAGUUAGCUGGGGCCUUGAAGAUGAUGAGGAUAUGACACUUACAAGAUGGACAGGAAUGAUUAUUGGGCCUCCAAGAACAAUUUAUGAAAACAGAAUAUACAGCCUUAAAAUAGAAUGUGGGCCUAAGUAUCCAGAAGCACCUCCAUUUGUAAGAUUUGUAACAAAAAUUAAUAUGAAUGGAGUAAAUAGUUCUAAUGGAGUGGUGGACCCCAGAGCCAUAUCAGUCCUAGCAAAAUGGCAGAAUUCUUAUAGUAUCAAAGUUGUUCUGCAAGAGCUUCGGCGUCUAAUGAUGUCUAAAGAAAAUAUGAAACUUCCUCAGCCACCUGAAGGACAAUGUUACAGCAAUUAAUUAAAAACAAACAAACAAACA